ACAUCAUCUCUAGAUACUACACUCUGAAGUCCAGAUUGCGUGACUCCGUGUCUGGAGUUCCACUGAAGUUUGUUCUCAGGCAUGUCAAGUUAACCCUAAGCUCACGCACAAACCAACGCAUAAAAGGCACUUUCACACACAUUCUGAAACAGACAGACACACACGCCCACACGCGCACACACGCACACACACACAGCACUCACAGUGGGAGUAGAGCCCCAGCUCCACCAAACUCUUCGCCAGAUCUCCAGUGGGUGUUCUCCUACUCUGUGUUGCUCCACCGCUCCGAGCUCCAUGGAUAGGAAGGGCUGGGCUGCGUCCACACUGGGGCUGCUCUCCUGGCUGAGCGCCUGCACCGUGGGGCCGGCGCAGGGGGGCAAACUCCUGGUCAUGCCUGUGGAUGGAAGCCACUGGCUCAGCAUGGAGAUUCUGGUAAAGGAGCUCUCCCGACGGGGCCACGAUGCGGUCGUACUGCUGCCGGAGACGAGUUUCUUAAUACGAGGCUCCGACCAUUACCGCAACGAGGUCUUCCGUGUGCCCUACACCAUUGAGGAACUGGAUGCCAGUGUGAAUGCCUUCAAAAGAAUGGACGCCCAAGAUUUCUUCUCUAACGUGCAGAAUCUUCUCAACUUCAGCAACAUGCAGAUUAAGGGCUGCGAGGGAUUGCUCUACGACACCCCGCUCAUGGACCGGCUCCAAGGCGAGGGAUUCGACAUCGUGCUCACGGACCCUUUUCUGCCUUGCGGGCCUCUCAUUGCCGAAACCUUUGCCAUCCCCCCGGUGUACUUCUUGCGAGGGCUGCCCUGCGGGCUGGAAUACGAGGCCAUCCAGUGCCCCACACCCCCUUCCUACAUCCCGCGCUUCUUCUCUGGCAAUACAGAUGUCAUGAACUUCCCCCAGCGUGUGAAGAACAUUCUCUUCACUAUACAGGAGUACUUCGUGUGCUCAAAGAUCUACGCCAGCUUCGAUGAGCUUACCAGCAGGUACCUGGGCCGGGACACCACAUACGGGGAGGUCCUCAGUCACGGUGCCGUCUGGCUGAUGAGGUACGAUUUCACCUUCGAGUAUCCUCGUCCGCUCAUGCCCAACAUGGUCCUCAUCGGCGGCAUCAACUGUGCCAAGAUAAACCCUCUGCCCGCGGAGGUGAAGACCUUUGUGGAUGAGUCUGGAGAACAUGGCUUCGUGGUCUUCACCCUGGGCACCCUCGUGUCCGAGAUAUCUGAAGAGAGGACUCAGCAGUUCUUGCAGGCCUUCCGCCGGAUUCCUCAAAAAGUUCUGUGGCGGCACACGGGACCGCGACCCGCCAACGUGCCCCACAACGUGAAGCUGAUGAAGUGGCUGCCGCAGAACGAUCUCUUGGGACACCCCAAGGCCAGAGCUUUCAUGACCCAUGGUGGCACCCAUGGGCUCUACGAGGGCAUCUGCAACGCUGUUCCCAUGGUGCUGAUGCCACUAUUUGGUGACCAGGGAGAGAAUAUACUCCAUAUGGAGGUCCGGGGCGUUGGCGUGGUCCUCAGAAUCCACGAUACCACCUCAGAACAAAUAGUCUGGGCCCUGAACAAGGUCAUCAAUGACACAAGUUAUAAGGAGAAAAUACAGAAGCUAUCGGCGAUACACAAAGAUCGGCCCAUUGAACCCCUGGACCUAGCGGUUCACUGGACAGAGUUUGUCAUGCGACACAAAGGCGCCGAGCACCUGAGGCCUGCCGCACACAACCUCAACUGGUUCCAGUACCACUCCCUGGACGUCAUCGGCCUGCUCCUGUCCGUAGUUGCGAUCGUUAUUGCGGCGACCGUAAAAAGCUGCACGUUUUGCUUCCGGAAGUGCUGCCGGAGGAAAACUCAGAAGAAGAAGAAGGAGUGAACAUAGAAAAAUUUAUGUGACACAAAGGCAUGCUUUUUGCUGCGGUGAAAAUUAAUAUACAGUAAAGAGUGAGGCUGGCUGAGUGACCCAUGGGUCUCAGUUUGAAUGGAUCUCAUAGCACUGCAACAGCCCACUGUCAGAAAUAUGUUUUAAUUUUGAAAUCUAAAAAAAAUUAAACAGUAUAAGCUGAAAUAAAAAAACGGGUUAAUCAACCAUAAACAGAUUCAUGAGCUACGUGGACCUAAAAAUUAACUGCUUGGUGGAGAACCAAUACUGCUGCCAGGGUUUAAGCAAAAAUAAGCAUUAUCUGUUUGACUAUCAAAGGCUUUGUCCAGCUGAACUCUUCACUGUACAAGUGUUAUUAAUGAUGGAUGAAUGGAUAUUGGAUUUUUAUUGCUGUUGUCGGUGUUUUGAAGAACUGUAAUGCACUGACCAACCCCACCUCUUGUUCCUUAUUGGACAUAAACUCAGGUCCUGGGGAGCUAAACCCCAUUAAUAAUCCUGUAAAUUCAGCAAUCCUUCCCUGGCAUUAAGAGUUCUGUUGAGGUUUCUAUUCAAAACACUAUAAUGAGAAAGUAUGUAGACUUUUUAAAUUUUAUUUUAGCCU